GUGCCAUCCACGACGGGGGUGGCGGUUUUCCGCGCGGUGGCGACAUGGAACCCACGCUCGACGGCAUGGCAGCGCCCUUGGACUUUACGCCAUGGACGUCUAAAGUGAAAACGUUCUCAAAAUCCACGGCCGUUGCCAUGCAAAUGCAUGCCAUGUGUGACGACGAUCUGUCGAUGGAGACUGCGAUUGUGGCGCUACAGGCAAAGUUGUCUGCCGCGUGCAAGGAGGUCCUGUGGAAGGAUGUACUACUUCAAAAGUUAGAAACCACGUUGAAGCACGCCGACGAACGUGCCGACGCCAACCAAGUUGAGCUCGAACACGCGUUGUUGGAGCACGCAAAGCAGACGAUGCUCGUAGCAUCCCUCGACACAAAGCUUCGCGAAUGCGAAGACGCUCAUGCCGCGACGAGACUGUCGCUUGCCGACAUGCAAAUCCAACGCACGGAUUUGGUCGACCGAUGCGCGGCUCUGGCGCGGGACAUGUCCGUGGCGCAACAGAUGCGAGAUCAAAGCGACCGGGGCUGCCGCGAGUGGAAGGAGCGGUGCGCGCAACUCGAGUCCGAGCGGCGGCAACACAUGCAAGCGCUGCAUGCGCAACAACACGAAGCCUUCCAAUUGCAGAUAAAGCACGAAAACCUCCAGCGCUCCCUACAACGGCUAGAGGACGAACACCAGAUAUUAUUGCAGCAGCGUCGGACUUGUUUCCCACGACACGCUCCUACGAACCCACCUGCCGCACGUUGCGAUCAAGGCAGUCAAUGCACCAUGCCCGACGUGUCGACACGCCAUGCUCAAACUGUCAUGUGCGCCAUCCUUGACGACGACAACGUCGCCGUCGAGGCAAAACGGGCCGCGAUUGCCCGGCAGCAGGAUUUGAUGACAAUAGCAUCGCAGGCAAAACAGCUCCAAGUACUCCAAGCUGCUCUUGACCACUGGCAAGCAACGUGCCGGCGCACACUUCAAGCGUAUGAGGAGUUGCGAAGCAAAGCCAACAUGUGGAAAGGAUGCGUUGCGACGCUGCUGCCCAUCUACCAAGAACAGGUCAAUUCACUCGAAUUGGCCAAGUCGGCCAAGGCCGAAUGGACCAAGGCGAAGCAGUCGCUUGAAGCGGAUGGCCGACGAGUGGCCAUGCAGCUCGAACAAGUUCAGGGCAUGCUACGGCAGGCUAACGACCAGCUUGCCAUCGACCACCAGCUGCUCGUCGACAGCAAGAAGCGGGAAAAAACGCUGGGGCGAAACAAUAAGUCCCGCGAGACCAAGGCGCGGGAACUCGUGGCGACGCUCCACGCAACUCAAACCAAGCUCGAUGCUUUGCAAGCGCAGUAUACGAACGCCAAAGCGGAAUCGAAACGGAUGGCGUCGCGAACGAGCCAAAUCCACACCGCUUGGCUCCAGGAACGCGCGGACCGUCUCCAGGCCGUUGACGAAAUCGAAGCAUUUCGGGUGGCCUUGAUUGAGUGCUGUCAAUGCGCCGUGUCUCUGCAAGGCACCACUGCUGCUGUGCAAACUACUCGACCGCCGAUCCGCCAUCCCAUCCCAGUCGCCCCACCGCCAACGUCGACUUGGACUCUCGAGCACUUGAAGGCUGUCACUGGCAUUGCCGAGCCUCUGGUGUUUGGCUAACAACUUCGAGCACCCGUACAUUUUGACGCUACAGCAACAGGCCGACAGUGAGCUAGAUGAUGCCGGCGCCAUGCUACACCCGUUCUCGACGCGAUAGAGUCGUGCCGAAGCAACUGCCUCCUGCAGCACACAAACUGCUUUUGCGCUGAGACCAACGGAGCGCAGUCGGGCCGUCCCCAUCAAUUGUGUGCUGGAUAGGUGUGGCUGCGGCCCAGUCAUAGGGCGCGCUACCUGGCCAUGUUGACAUUCUACGUGCAUGUGAUUCGACAAAGAAUGCCAC